UCCACAUUGGACUUCCCAAUGCCCAUGUUUUCAAGCUUCACACAGGUCAUUUCCCUGGUAGGGUUGCAGAAAACGUGAAGAGCUGCAGGGCUUCAGAGAUAGGACCUUGCAGCAUAAAGUAGCAAAAGGUGUCUGCAUCCUGAGUUUCUUCUCCGAGUUGAGCACGUAAGGUGAGGGCCAUUGAGACAAGGGAUUGGUCCCAGAACCAGCACAACUGGAAUUUAUUGACUCUCUUUUCUCCUCGGCCUUCAUAGUCCCGGGAAGUAGUAAUUUUUUUUCAUUUCUAAACCCAGAGGCUCAGACGCCGGGAAUAUCCUAAAGAAACAAUGCAAGUCAGGCCUGGCAGCUAGAGCAGGAGCCCGGCCCAUGGUCCUUCCCCAGCCUGGCGCUUGGCCGUGGCCCCCAAGAGUGUGUAUCCACUGUGCUAUUUUUCAGAAGAAUAUGAGGAACAGUACUCGGAGGCCAGACUUCUGGGGCAGACCUUCCGCUCUGCUGAUGAGGCCCCUGAGCCCACCCCCAGCCCAAGGCCCCAGUCUGCCAGGCGUCUGGAGUUUGUAUUGAUGCCUACAAAACGGCAGCUGAGCGAGGAUGAGACUACCACCCAGGGUGUGAGGGCCCCUGAGGCCUCCCUGAGCCUGUCUACCACUGCCGACAAGCAAGCUGCCUGGAAUAGCCCCUUCCCUCUGCCCAUCCUAGAGGAGAAGCGGUGGCUUCAGCCCUGCUCCACGCACUCUGACAUUGUGCCCAUCAACAUCUCUGGGCAGCAGUUUGAUAAACACGCAAGUUUGCGACACUCGUUGUUUAACACAGAGACAGCCGUGAACCCCAAGUCCACCCUGAGGCGGAGGCGGACCAUUAUUGGAUUCUCUAACUUUUCCCGGCGAGACCCAGGUCACAGCAACAGCCCAGCAGGCAGUGUGGUCCGCUCUACCACCUCAGACAUCAGGCCCAGUCAUUCAGUUCCAGAAGGCGUUCAUGGCAGAGUUGCAGUUGGUCAGGAAGCUCAGUUCCCAAAUCUCACCUCGCCAGUACUGAGAAAUCCUUCUAGUGAUCCAGAAGAACCUCUCCAGGCACGUGGUGGCACAAACCCUCCUGGCAUGGAGAGCAUGGGAAUGGUGUACAGCGUCCCCGGUUCUUGCAAUGGACCAACAGAGUCCACGUUCUCCACUUCCUGGAAGGGAGAUGCUUUUACCUACAUGACUCCAAGUGCCACCAAUCAGAGCAAUCAAGUCAAUGAAAAUGGAAAAAAUCCUUCCUCUGGGAAUUCUUGGGUCUCUCUGCACACACUGCCACCUCUGGUUCCUAAGGAGGCUGCUACCCUCUUUGUCACUCGUGAUAACCCAGCAGGAUGCAGUGGAUCAGCUGGCUACUCUGAGCACCCUACUCAACGAAGGCAAGUAUUGGAACGACCCUCCAAGAUUGGCCUUCUGACUGGUGGUACCUCGAGGCUGGAGACAGGCCCAGGUGGGGCCAGCAGGUUCCGGGAGCGGUCACUGUCUGUGCCCACAGACUCAGGCACCACAGAUGUGGACUAUGACGAGGAACAGAAGACCAGUGAAGCCUGUGCCCUGCCUUAUGCCAGUACAAGUUCUGAGGGCAGUAACAGUGCUGACAACAUUGCCUCCCUUAGUGCCCAACAGGAGGCCCAGCACAGAAGGCAGAGGUCCAAGAGUAUCUCACUCAAGAAGGCCAAAAAGAAGCCUUCCCCACCAAUGCGCAGUGUCUCACUGGUCAAAGACGAGCCAGUCCUCUUGCCAGAAGGUGGAUCAGCACUACCCAAGGACCAGAGGCCCAGGAGCCUUUGCCUCUCCUUGGAAUGCCAAGGACAUCAUUCAUCCCACCCGGAUGCUCAGGGUCACCCAGCUGUGCCAACCUUCAAAGAUCCAGAAAGUACACAAUUCUCCCACCACUGGUAUCUUACUGACUGGAAGUCUGGUGACACCUACCAAUCUUUGUCCAGCUCCAGCACUGCCACUGGCACCACAGUCAUUGAGUGCACCCAAGUUCAGGGCAGCUCAGAGUCUCUUGCCUCCCCUUCCACCUCCAGAGCCACUACACCUUCCCAACUCUCCAUCGAGGUGGAGGCCAGGGAAGUAUCUUCCCCAGGAAGGGCCACAGGGCUGAUGUCACCCUCCAGUGGUUACUCCAGCCAGUCGGAGACACCAACACCCACUGUCUCCAUGUCCUUGACCCUGGGCCACUUGCCCCCUUCAAGCGGCAGUGUCCGAGUGCGUCCAGUGGUACCUGAGAGGAAGUCAUCACUACCCCCGACAUCACCAAUGGAGAAAAUUUCCAAGUCACGGCUAUCAUUUGACCUACCGUUGACCUCUUCAACCAACCUCGAUCUGUCUGGGAUGAGUAUCUCCAUCCGAAGCAAAACCAAGGUGAGCCGGCAUCACUCAGAUACAAAUUUUGGGGCCAAGCUGGCCCAGAAAACUAGCCCCAACCAGCCAAUCAUGCCCAUGGUUACUCAGUCUGACCUACAGUCUGUUCGCCUGAGGUCAGUCAGCAAAUCUGAGCCAGAAGAUGACAUCGAGGGCCCUGACUAUGCUGAGGAAUCAGGAGCAGAAGUCUUCACCUUGCCAGAAAGAAAAAUGAAACCUCCCAUAGCUGAGAAGCCCCCACUGGCUCGAAGGCCUCCAAGCUUGGUCCACAAGCCACCAACUGUCCCUGAGGAGUACUCACUAACUUCGCCUACCUUGGCUAUGACCCCCAAGAGCUCAAGUCAACACAUGAGGCCACUCCCUCAAGACAUCUACAUGGUGGUGCGGAAACCAAAGUCCUCCAGCUUCCCUGAGGGCAGAAGCCCAGGGGAGUCCACAGCACCCUCACCUUUUGUUUUCACACCUUUUGCCAGUUCCUCUAUUGCUUUCUUCUCAGGAACACAGCAAUCUCCCCAGGGAAGUGCGGAGGAUGAGGGCCCCAAGGUGAGAUCCCUGCCUGAAAGAAUUAGUCUCCAGAGCCUGGAAGAAACUGAGAAAAAGAAAGGCAAGAUUCCACCUCCUGUACCAAAAAAGCCCAGUGUGCUCUACCUGCCUCUCACCUCACCCACAGCUCAAAUGGAGGCCUAUGCGGGCGAACCAAGACUGCCUCUCAGCCCCAUCAUCACCCUGGAGGAAGAUGCCAAGUGUCCCCCCACCGGAGACCACUUGCAACCACCUGAUACAAGGAUAACUUCAACGUCGCAGGCUGACGGUGAAAGGGAGGCAAGCCCUCUGGGAAGUUCUAUGGAACCAAACACCGAAGAAAAAAGUGUAAUCAGUGAUAAAACGGCCGAAUGGAUUGCGGAAGAUGAUGAUGACGUGUUUGUGGCCUCACGCACAACUGAAGAUUUAUUUACUGUAAUACACAGGUCCAAAAGAAAGCUGCUUGGCUGGAAGGAGCCUGGUGAGGCCUUUGCCGGCGGCAGUAGACCAAGUUCCCACUCACCAAUAAGGAACACAGCUGAUUCUCCAAUUAGUGAGUUGGCUGCCUCUGCAGGGUCAAGUGGCAGUGCCAACCUAGAUGCUGGCAGAAACGAUGAUUUCAAGGCCUUGCUACAGAAGAAGGGAAGCAAGGCAACUCCAAGGUCCCGCCCCUCAGCAGCUGAACUGCUGAAGACCACUAACCCACUGGCUCGGAGAAUUAUUGCACAAUUUUCAAAAGACUACGAAACCACCGAUAACCCCAGUACCUAAGCCCUGGGUUCAGCAAGCAGGGUUUAGUUACUAAACUUGAAUAGAGAAGGGGGAAGAGAGUUUUAAAAAGGAACCAUGGAAAUAACAAAAGCGCCUACAUUUCUUUUACAUUAACUCACACUCUGGACAGCAGGAGAGAGGCCACUUUAUCUAGAACUAAAAUCGUCAGGCACUUUAAGCAUCUUCAGACACUUUACGUUUUCAUACUUACGGUCUUACCAUUACUGGACUACCGAUUUUCUCCUUAUUUUCCCCCAAUGGUGUGCACUAAGAAGAAAUUCUCAGAUGCAAGCGCACAUAUGCCAUCUUUUCAAACAAUGGUCAGGCUGCUCCAACCAUGGCUCCUGUCACUGAGGGGUGUAGGGUGAGAGCAGAUCGGGGGCUGCCAAACCUGGGGAGCAUAGGGUGCCAGUGCUGAGUAUUCCCUUUCCUGGUAAGGCCUUGAUGGCCCUGUAUGGAGAAACAGAAAGACUGAUGCCUCUUCAUCUCCGGUUUAACUCUCCCCCACAAGAGGUUUGCAGGUGUGCACUUAUUUCGGCAUGGGGUUGAUUGAAUGGCUUUUGUCGUACAAAAUAUGAAUGUGUCUCUGUCUUGAACUUCAUGCCUUUUUAAGUUUGAUUGUCUACACGGAGAUCAGAGUGAUGAGUUUCAAUAAACAUAUAGACCCGCCCCCACCACUCCUUAGCUUGAAAAGGUCAGGACUGGGUUGCUUUGGGUGAACCAAGCUCAGCCAAUAAACGAGGCAGCCAUUCGUUCACUCAAAUCUAUCCAAGGUAACUCGCACAGGCGCCUUGAAGAUCCUUCAAGUGUCUGUCAGCAAUGAUAGCUAGGAUCUGUGCCCAGCUCAUGCUGCAUUCUAAGAACUCUUGUUUCAUUUGCAUAUAAGAUUCAUUACAGGAAGUAGUAAGCUGAAGGAACAGCAUCAUCAAAGGCUCAAGGAGGAGAAAGUAAGAAAGUGUAACUUGCCCCCCACCAUUUAGUUCAGAUUGUGGUUUGUGGUUGGUUUUGUUUUGUUUAAAGGAAGCCUUACUCUGUUCCAAAACCGAGAACAUAUAGACUAAAAGGAUAUGUCCAAAAUCUAAAAUGCAGCCUUACAAGUUGCUAUGGCUCAUAACAC